GUGCAGCCAGUAACGCUGAACGGGGACGGCGGACUCCGUUCCCGGUAUCUCUGCUCCACGCUCCGUCCAUUUUGUGUCUGCAAAUGGGCUUCAGGUCGUUAGUGCUGCAGACUUCAAGGCCAAGCAGAGGAAGAGCGCUUCUGUUUCCUGCAGGAAGAAGCAGCGGGAAAAACUUCAACAUGGAAAACACCCCCCAGGAAAGCAAAGGAGGGGAGCAGGCCCCAGUGCAGAAUGAAGAAGAAGCCCGCCCUUUGGGAGGUGGUGAAGGCCAGGAGCCUGGAGGAAAUAUGAGAGGGGAUUGGGCUCAACCUGACCAAGAUGUGAGAGAGGAUAUGCCCAAUCGCCUUGUCAAUAACAUUGACAUGAUAGAUGGGGAUGCAGAUGAUAUGGAAAGGUUCAUGGAGGAGAUGCGAGAGCUAAGGCGGAAAAUUAGGGAGCUUCAGUUGAGAUACAGUCUGCGCAUUCUCAUAGGUGACCCCCCUCACCAUGACCAUCAUGAUGAGUUUUGCCUUAUGCCUUGAAUGCUGAGGUUAAGAAUCAUAAACCCCCUGCUCCCCAAACUUGCAUUUUCUUGAUGUACCCUUUACUGUGAACCUUGUUCUGUCACUCUUCUGAUUGGAAAUUUUGUUUUGACUUAGGCUGUAAGUUUUUUUUCUGUCAGCAGGGGGGUUUCAUUAACUUGCAUGGAAAAAUGCUUAUUACAUAUUCUAAAGUUAAUAAAGCAGUUUUAAAAGCAGUCUAUAGGUAGACUAUCUU